AUGUAGCAACAUGAAUGUACAUUAGCCCAGGCGCCCAGCAGCAAGCUGUACCUAGCAAGCGACAAUGGCUACGGGGGCGGCGCCGCUCUGGUUCACCUCGCUGGCCGGCCUCGGCGCCGCCUACCUCACCGUCGUCUUCCUCCGCCUCCUCCCUUACCUCGCCCUCUACCUCCGCCGGCCCAAGGACCUCCGCCGCUGCUACGGCGAGUGGGCCGUGGUCACCGGCCCGACGACGGGGCUCGGGCGAUCCAUGGCCAUGGAGCUCGCCCGCCGCGGCUUCAACCUCGUCCUCCUCGACCUCGAUCGGGAUAACCUCCGCGAGGUGUCGGAGGCGAUUCGCGAGGCCCACGCCGGCGCGGUGGCCACCAGGACGGUGGUGUUCGACCUGUCGACCGUCGGCACCGGCGCCGGCGAGGAGGGGAUGCGGCGGCUGAGGGAGGCGGUGGACGGGGUGGAGGUCGGGAUGCUGGUGAACAACGCCGCCGUGGCGAGGCCCGGGGCGCUCUACUUUCACGAGGCCGACGUGGAGCGGCUGGUGGCGAUGAUACGGGUGAACGCCAUGGCGCUGACGGCGGUGACCGCCGCCGUGCUGCCGGCGAUGGCGAGGCGCGGCCGGGGAGCCAUCGUCAACGUCGGCUCCGGCUCCACCGUCGCCGUCCCGUCUUUUCCCUUGUACACUGUCUACAGCUCCACCAAACGGUACGUGGAGCAGCUGUCGAAGAGCCUGUACGUGGAGUACAAAGGGAAGGGGAUCGACGUGCAGCUGCAGGUGCCCUUCUACGUCCACACAAACAUGCUCUCCGCCGCCAUCAAGGACAGGAUGCUGCUGCCGGCGUUCGUGGCGACGGCCGACGACUACACGCGGGCGGCGGCGCGGUGGGUGGGGCACGGCCACAUCGCCGUCCCCGACGCCGGCCAGCAGCUGCAGUGGUUCCUCGCCGCCUUCGUGCCGGACUUCGCCCACGACUGGUAUCGCCUCCGCAAGCACCUGCAGCACCGGGCCAUCCUCUGGAACCUCAUUUAAUUUCAUCCAUAUUUUGGCCCUGUUUGGAUAUAGGGAAGUUUAGUCUGUCACAUUAAAUAUUUGGGCACUAAUCUUGAGCAUUAAAUAUACACUAAUUACAAGACUAAUUACACAGAUGGAGGCUAAUUUGCAAAAUGGAUCUAUUAACCCUAAUUAGUCCAUAAUUUAACAAUGUAGUGCUACACUAAAUAAGUGCUAAUCAUAGAUUAAUUAGGCAUAAUAGAUUCGUCUCGCCAAGUAGCCUCUAUCUGUGUAAUUAGUUUUGUAAGUAGUCUGUGUUUAAUACUUCAAAUUAAUGUUUAAAUAUCUAAUGUGACAGUGACGAGCUAAAGUUUAAUCACUAGAUCCAAACAAGCCCUUAACUGGCAGAAAAUUUUUUUUUACCUCAAAUCUCUUGAACAAUCCACCAGUCAAUCAAGCAAUAUAUAUGCAUUUUUAUUUUCUUUUUGCAUAUAUAGUUGUUGCAUAUAUGUUAAUGGUUUAGUGUGGCGAUGAAGUUUGUGAGUGUGUUACUCCACCAACUAAGGUUUAAAUAAUGAUCCCUGAUGUAUAUAUAAAAUAUGGUUCUGUACA